UUACUCUACGCUCCCACACGCACACCUCCUCCGCCUCAUCAUUUUUGCAUCCCAACUCCAGGCAAGCGACCUCUUUGCACUGAGUGAGAAACCCAGCUAAACAGUAUUCAGUCAGGAGGAUACACAAAAAAUGGCGCUCAUCCCAUCCCAGGUUCUAAGGCUGGCAAUCCUUCUAUCCUAUUUCUCCAUCCUCUGCAAUUAUAAAGCCAUUGACAUGCCAGCUCACCAGACUUACGGCGGCAGCUGGAAGUUUUUAACAUUCAUAGACCUGGUUAUUCAGGCUGUUUUCUUUGGGGUUUGUGUACUAACUGACCUUUCAAGUCUGUUGACUAAAGGGAGCGAGAAUCAAGAGCAGGAAAGACAGCUAAAGAAACUCAUAUGCCUACGUGACUGGAUGAUGGCCGUAUUAGCAUUUCCUGUCGGAGUGUUUGUGGUGACCAUGUUUUGGACCCUGUACCUAUAUGACAGAGAACUGGUUUACCCAAGACUUUUAGACAACUUCAUACCACAGUGGCUAAACCAUGGGAUGCACACAACAGUUCUUCCUUUUAUCCUAAUUGAGAUGAGAACAACACACCAUCGUUAUCCCAGUAGGCUGUGUGGGCUUGCGGCAGUCUGCAGCUUUGCCAUGGGAUACGUAUUAUGGAUGUGCUGGAUCCACCAUGUUACUGGAGUAUGGGUUUAUCCUCUGCUAGACCAAAUUGGGCCUGUUGCCAAGAUCAUCUUCUUUACAAUGUUGACUGCCUUAAUUAAUGUGUACUAUAUUCUUGGUGACAUUCUGAACAGCUACAUCUGGGACAUACCGAAAUGUGUUCAAGAAGCAGAAAAACUAAAAGCAGACUGAAUCGAUGGGGCUAUGUGGACAUUCCAGUUUACAGCGCUACACAUCCAAAACCUUUCAACACCUGAGCUUAAAAGAAAAGUGAAGUGAAAUGUGCUCCACUUAUUUGUCUAUGUUUUCAGAAUAGAGCUCUUUAAAAGAGUGGCAAAAACAUAUGGAAGGUCUGACCUAAAUUGAUUUUCUUUGUUUCUGUUGCUUCCAGUAUAUUUGAAGAAUGAAUCACUGUACAAUAGAAUAGGGUCUUAGUUAACAUAUUUCCCUGUUUUAAAUAUUUUAAACCAAAAUAUGGUUUACCUGCAAUGUAUUAUCGAUAAUUAUUAUGAAACCUAUUUAUACAGAUACAACAGUAUUGCCAACACCUCCAUUACAGAAAUCAUGAGACAUCAAGAGAUUUGGCAUACAAAUAGCGAGUAGCUAUUUUUCCAAAUAUAAACCAAUAUUUCAACAAACACUAUGAGCUGGUUUAAAACCAUAUAUUGUGUCUAAGAGCUCCACGCUAACAAAAGUAGACAAUCCAAAAAUAAUAAAUGACCAUUAAACAUUGCAAACAACACAUUACAAUUGCAACCUAGAGCAGCAUCAUGGAAUAAUUUUACAACACACAUAACUGUACUAGAAUCAGCAUUCAGUGCAAGAAGACAAUAGAGUUUGCUGUGCUUUAUAGGCUGCUGUCCGAUUUACGUGCUUGGAAGUUUCAAUAUGUUGAGGUCGUUCACUUCAGAAUUCCCAGUGCAAAUGUCUUCAUAACAGACAAGCCAGAAUGCAUAUUCAUCUUGAAGUCUACUUUGUUUUUACUGGAAAACAACUGCUCCAGUCUGGGUUGUAUUUGCACCUGUAAUGGCGCAAUUUCUUAGGAUUUUCAGCCAUGAUUAACGUCUUUCAGUCAUGCCUUUACGACAAGAAGGAGAAAAAAGCCAGAGAUCGGAGAGAAUUAUCGCAAGAUCGCGAGCAGGUCUUAAUUACAAUUAGAAAUUGCGUGUCUUGCGAAGAAUUUGGGAAAGUUGGCAACGCUGCUACAAUAUCCUUAAAACGCCUUUUCACACUGCAAAUCAAAAGAAUAGCCUUCCCUCAGAAAUAUACAUUUUACAGGACAUUCCUUUUUACAUGAAGAUGUUUCACAUAGAGAGGAACAGGCAAUGUGUUUUAAUAGAUUUGGUAGAGUAUUUUAAUUUUAAAGUUAUGUUAUGGAAAGUUUUAGAGUACAGUGCUGGAAUAGCAAGAAGGCUUUGCCUGGGUUUAAAGCUGCUUAUCUGUAUGAUGUAUUGCACUAAUGUUGUGAAACAUUCUACUUUAAUUGUAUUGAAUACUGAAGCCUUCCAAUAAACUGGAAACUUAGAACCAUACAUGUUUGUGUGAGUGAACAAAAUUGGAUCGAAAUACAUUUCCAAGUGACCUUUUUACUAGUUAAAAAGUAUAUGUAACACUACACGGCUCUAUUAAAGCAGCUCUGAUACAAUCAGUGUAAAUCUGACCGUGUUAAAGCCACAAAUCCCCAGAGACUGUUAAGCUUUGUAUAUAAAAUAAGAUCCACAGUGCCACUUUGUGUUUUAUCUCCUGUGGGAGAUGCAUAUCUAAGGCGACUGGGAUGGUGGAGAUCAUACUUAUGUAUGUCACACAUAGAGUUGCAGAUAAAAGUAUUGGUACCCUACGCUUAAUAUAAGAUCAUUUAAAAAAAAAAAAAAAAACAUGUUAUAUACAAGCAUUUAAUGAACAUUUGCCACUAAAGACCAA